CACAGCUUGAGGUAGCUCCACUCCUACGUACUGUUACAAUAAACAGUUUCUGAGAUUAUCAAUAUUGGGUUUGGAUUAGUUUCUCCAACAGCUUCUCCAAUUUCAAGAUUUAAGAACACGAUUAAACCUACUUCUCCUACUUAGGUUCACUUCAUAUUUAGAUUCAAGUACUGCAUCUAAUUAUUUUCUCCACCUCACCUCUCCCUAGAUUUAGUGUGUUACUUCAAGGUCAAGGUUUAGAAAGAAGUGAGAGGAGGAAGAUGGACGAGAAGAAUGAUGUUGACAAGAUUGAUGAUGUGAUGUUGCCUGGAUUUCGGUUUCAUCCAACUGAUGAAGAGCUAGUUGGGUUCUAUCUCAAAAGAAAGAUACAGCAGCGAUCUCUUCCUAUUGAGCUGAUUAAGCAAGUUGAUAUUUAUAAAUAUGAUCCCUGGGAUCUUCCAAAGCUGGCAACUACAGGGGAGAAAGAGUUGUACUUUUACUGCCCAAGGGACCGUAAAUACAGGAACAGUGCAAGGCCAAAUCGAGUUACGGGAGCUGGGUUUUGGAAGGCGACUGGAACAGACCGUCCCAUUUAUUCCUCUGAUGGCAGCAAGUGCAUAGGUUUGAAGAAGUCUCUGGUGUUCUACAGAGGGAGAGCAGCUAAAGGGAUCAAAACUGACUGGAUGAUGCACGAGUUUCGGCUACCUUCUCUUACGGAACCAUCACCACCAAAGAAGCUCCUAGACAAAAGCCUUCCUGCAAAUGAUGCGUGGGCUAUUUGUAGGAUAUUCAAGAAAACCAAUUCCAUGGCACAAAGAGCUCUUUCUCACUCUUGGGUCUCUCCAUUACCAGACACUACUGCUUCUGAUUUAUUUGCUCAAGGGGCACAAUUCCCUCAGCUCUGUUCAGAGAACAUGUCUUGCGUAACUGAAAUAGGAUCAAGUUUCCAUAUAGGCUCCAGUAGUGACUUUCAGCAGGCCUCUUCUGCUAGUUUCUCUGUUCUAGACAUACCCUCUUACAAACCUAUUAAUCCCGCAGUCUAUAAAUCAUAUCUAUGCCCUGUAUCAAAUGGUGACCUUUCCAACAACUUCUUAUGUUCACAACUCGAUAUUUCUGGUCCCAUAAAGGCUACAGAUGAUGCUCAUUCCAUGCUCUUGAACCCUGCCUUGAUAGGUGAAGCAGGUAAAACUUCUGAGAGCAUAGAAUAUGAAGGGUCACAGCAGCAGUUCAAUGGAUUCUCGAUCAAUUUGCUACAAGAAAUGCAAGCUAAUACGGGUACAGGAGAUGAUGAGGCAGGUUUUAGGAAGAAUCGAAGUUCAAUUCAUGAAAAUAACCUGGUGGGGACUAUUCGAUCGAUUGGAUUUCCCUUCGGCUUGCCUUCACACUUGGCUGAUGCGUGGAAGUCUAAUCUGGUAUGGGAUUCACCAUCCUGCCUCAGAGAGAUGUCCGCCACUUAUUCCACAAACAAAUGUAAUACUUAAAUCCUCUAAUAAUACGCGGAAGAAUUAUGGGAUUUAGGUAGCAUUUUUAAUUUCUCUAGAAUAGUUUCCAAAUAUAUUCAGGCUCUGAAUGAUUAGUGGAACUAAUAGCUAGCCUCAGAAAUGUAUCUUGUGUUCUUGUUUACUGUACAGUUUUCAUAUUUUCCAAGUAUACAACUCUAGGCUAAUAAAUUUAUCUUAUUUUA